AUGGUCGAAUUUCUCAUCAUGUCAUUGAAUUCCACGGAAAAAGAAAUCAGCGAUGCAGAUGAUCAACAUAUCUUCCGAGUUAGCAAAAUCGAGACAGCCUGCCGCUUCAACAAGGACCAUGUCGCAAAUGGUGCCUACUGCGAAUGCUUGGAGAACGACAAUGCCACCAAGGAGUUCAAUACGAACAGGGAGACCGAACUCCAUAACACCGCUGCGGCUAUGCGGCGGGUCGUCUCCCAGGGAUAUCUGUUCCCUUUUCGAGGGUUCUGGAUCCUGCCUAAUAGUCGUCGGGAGAGGAGGUAUUUUGAAGCCAACACCCAGAGACCGCCGAAUGAAGGACAGCUUGAUCCGGCUUUUCCAUCUUUCAAUCAAUGCACUACAUUCCACCUUACACAGCCCGACUUGAACUUUCUGGAUAAUAUUGGCAACCAACUACUCCGCGAAAGUAACUCAGUUACAGUUAUACCUGUUCUUCACAGCAAUCAUAAUGUUGCCGCGCGAGUUCGAGAGUUUGGGACCCAGAUGAGGGACACAAUUACGUCUUUGGGCGGGAGAGACCAAUGGGAACGCGCUUACAUCCACUCUACCGAUCUGGCGGUGAUCACUGCUGAACAUACCGCAGCCGAAUAUGAUAUGCGCAUGCAAGUUUGCGGUCUCGUUUCGCGCCUGCUGGGUCACGACCCAGGGCUAACUAUGGAACGAAUCAUCUCCAUUGGCCGGGUGUUCCGAGAAUUCUUGCAGGUUGACGGGUCCGCCAUGAUAAACAAUCUGCCCCAAGAACUGAAAAGAUUGUUUUCCAGACUCUUGUUGACGGCCAGAUAUGCCCUUGUUCACAGGAUGUAUCCGUACGGCGGCAUGAUGCUCAUCAACCCCAGCCAGUACAACCAUACAGAGUACACUCUCCUGCGCAACCAUAAGAUGAGGUUGAAUGACGAGUUCCACAAACAGGGCGCCAUCGAGAGUGUCGUCACGCCGCUUAAGGAGGCAGAGGUCCAGGGUCUGGACCCGGACGACGCGGAUUGUCCUAUCUGCGCGGAGCCUGUCGGGACUGGGAACGAUCCCCACGCGGGUAUGCGCAUCAAGUGCAACGCGAACCACGUGGUAGGAAAGAACUGCUGGAUGAAGGCCCUUCGCUGCAGGCGACAGGAGUACAUGGAGGGGUUGAAGUGUCCCAUGUGCGGAGACUUCAAGCUCAGUGACUGGGGUGCACCGAUUCAUCACAGGGAGCUCUGGGCUAUCGAUGUAGUCUCUAAGACCGCGGCUGAACUGGGCGCAGAGCAGAGUGCUGAUCCUGACAUCUAG